AACACAAAAAGAAAAAAAGAGUUGAGCAACGAAGGAAGAUUUGAGGAAACGAGACGAUGGCGACGAAUCUCCUGAAACUCUCCUCUCAAAUCCGCCGCCUCUCACCAAUCACCAGAUCCCUAACCAUCCGCACCUCCGCCACCUCCACCACCUCCUCGGGAUCGAAGAAAGUCUCGGAUCGAAUCGUCAAGCUCUCGGCGAUCGACGCCGACGGGGACAAGAAGGAAAUCAUCGGCCUCUCCGGCCAGACUCUCCUCCGCGCGCUCACGCACACCGGCCUGAUCGAUCCGCUGUCUCACAUGCUGGAGGACAUCGACGCCUGCUCGGCGGAGUGCGAGGUCCAGAUCGCGGAGGAGUGGCUCGAGAAGCUCCCGCCACGCACGUACGACGAGGAGUACGUGCUGAAGCGUAACUCGAGGUCGCGUGUGCUUAACAAACACUCGCGUCUCGGGUGUCAGGUUGUGUUGACGCAGGAGCUACAAGGUAUGGUCGUUGCUGUCCCUGAAGCUAAGCCUUGGGAUAUCCCGUAAGUCUUAGCUUUUAUAACUCUUGCGUAUUGUUGUUUUUUGCGUUCUGGUGGUAAUAAAUCGCAGUACUUUGGCAGAUGAUUAUGAUGAUUUCGAAUCUGUAAUUUUCAUUUUGAAACUUUAUUGUAACGGUGGUGAAGAAUUUGCUUUUGUUUAGACGAUGAUUCCCUGCUUCAUGUAUGGGGUUUGCAAUUUCAAUUAAAAGUUUUAUUUUCGUUGA